AUGGACGGCAACGACUACGAUGAAGACGGCGCCGACGACGACAUAAAUACGAGCGAUCCGGCAGGCCAGCCAGACAUGAUGUUUCAGUUGCAGACCGCACUCGCGUGCCUCCCUCUCCUCCUCUCCGCCGCACUGGCCUCCCCCUUCCCGAAGGAGAAGGUCGAGCGUGCCAGCUGUGCCUAUACUUGUGGAAGCCACUGCUACACCUCCAGUGCGGUGAGUGCGGCGCAGGCGGAAGGCUACUCGCUGUACAAGUCGGGUGAAACCCUCAACGACUACCCGCAUGUCUACCAUGACUAUGAGGGCUUCGACUUUAGUGUCUCGGGGACCUACUAUGAGUUCCCGAUUCUGAGUGAUGGCGACGUCUAUGACGGGGGAUCUCCUGGGGCCGAUCGGGUUAUCUUCAAUACAGCGGACAAGUUGGCGGGGGUGAUCACUCACACUGGAGCCAGCAGUAGCAGCGGCUUUGUUGAAUGCACUUAG